AUGCGUUUAGGUGUAAGACUCUUGCGCCCAGCAGCAAAUCAAAAUGUAAAAUCUCCAAAAAUGUGGCAAGAUCCCACUUUUGGAUACUUUGAAAGUCAUGGGAAAACAGAAUUUCUUCCUGGAGAACAAUAUAAUCUUUCAGAUGAAGAAAAAAAAGCGGUUCUUUGGAGAUAUAGGGUAAAAGAAAUUUUAAAAAAAGAAUAUCUUAGAAGAGAAUACAAUCCACACGAAAUGAAACAUAAAGAGGGUGUUGUUAUGUGUCCUGCAAUGUUUCGAUGGUAUUCAGCUGACAUGAAUCAAGUAGAAUUUUUCCGUCUCACUCCACGUAGUGUGUUUCUUUAUGUUGGAUCAACAUGUCUUGCAUUUUACCUUUACACUCGAUUCGUUUUGUCAUCUUCUGAAAAAAGAGCAGAACAAUCCUUGAAUGGAGAUCUUCUUUGGUGGGAUCGUCAAACUGGACGUCUUGCUCUCACUGCAGGAAAUGGUCAUCUUUCUCCAGCAUAUGGUAUCGAAUAUUAG